GAUGAGGAUGAGGAGCAGGUGGCAGAGGCUCAGGAGCGUCUCCUGCAGGCGCUGAUGGCGCGCACGGCGCGGGAGCUGCCCCAGCGGGAACUGGAGCAGGACUGGGCCGUACUGGGAGAACUGGGCAGCGGCUCCUACGGCCGGGUGCUGCUGGCCGAGCCCCGGGACGGAGGUGCGCGCGUGGCGCUGAAGCUGCUGUCCAAGGAGCGCACGGCCAGGUGCGGCUUCCUGCGGGAGUUCUGCACUCACCUGUGCCUGCGGGGGGCGCUCACCUGUGUCCAGGUGCUGCCGCUCGCCUUCGAGACCCCCACGGAGUUCGGCUUCGCCCAGGAGCUCGCACCUGCCGGGGACCUGUGCGGCCUCCUCACACCUGGGGUGGGUCUCCCGGAGCCGCAGGUGAAGCGCUGCGCCGCCCAGGUAUCGUCCGCCCUGUCUUACCUGCACGGCCACGCCCUGGUGCACCGCGACCUGAAGCUGGACAACGUCCUGGCCUUCGACCGCGAGUGUCACCUGGUCAAGCUCGGCGACUUCGGCCUGACGCGCGUGCUGGGCUGGCAGGUGCGGCCGGCGCGCAGCCCCGCCCCUUACGCCGCACCUGAGCUGUGGCACCUGCGCGCAGGUGAGGCGCGGCUGCGGCUGGAGCCCGCGCUGGACACCUGGGCGUUCGGCGUGCUGCUCUUCGCGCUGCUCACCGGCCGCUUCCCCUGGAGCUCACCUGCACACUCCGAC